AUGGGCGCCGUCGACUUGGCGGUGCUGUUGUUGAUUGGUGUCGCCGCCAACGCCACCCUCGCUUGCACCCUCUGCUCGUUUCGAACACCGCCGCGUCCGCGACCGCUCGACCAAUACAAACUGCCGAAAAUGGGCGCGAUCACGCUGGAGAACCGCCCGCAAUUCUGUCAAGCGGCGAAGCGUCUUCCCGUCGACGAGGGCUGCCGUCAAGAGUUUGAGCGGAUCUUCUGCUCGACCGACCUGCUCACCGACGCGCUGUCGGGCUGUCGUGCCACCGCGAAGACGCAUCUCGCCGACGAAGACCAAUGCUCGGAAUGCGCUCAUCAGAAGGCCGACAAUCUCUGGGUGUUGAAGUGGUUCGAUUCGCUCGGCAAACCGCCGGCGGGCAUCACCGAAGGCAACUACUAUUGGCUCGGCGACUACGAGUUGUGCACGGCGAUGAGGCACGACAACACGUUCAACGGUCAGUAUUGUCGCGUCGAGAUCGAGGUGCCCGACGCCGGCGUCGAGUCCGGCUGCCCGCAAACCGAUCCGCUCUCGAUUGUGCUCGGCGCGUGCUUCCCGUCGUCGUGCUCGGCGGCUCAACUCACCAACAUCUCGCAGCUAUACCUACCGUACGAGUUCAAAAUCGAAUGCGAGUCGGAGAGCUCGUGGUCGACGGUGACCUAUAUGCUGAUCGCGAUCGCCAUCAUCUGGCUGGUGCCGCAAUUCGUCGCCACCGUUCAAAGCGGCGACAUCGACUCGAUCAUGGCGUGCUUCUCGAUACCGGAGAACGCGAAGCGCGCGGUCUCGACGCGAAGAGAGUCGACGCAUUUGCACUGUGUGCACGGCCUCGAGUUCGUCGUGAACUUUGCGAUCAUCUCCGGAAUGGUCUACAACCUCAUGCUUCCCUACAUUGAGAACGUCGCGUUCUCGUUCGAGGGCGUCUCGAGCGUCUGGCAGCACAUCGUCAACAAUUACUCGUACCACGUCGACGGCCUUCUCGCGCUCUCCGCCUUCUACACCACCUAUUUGCUCUACGGCGAAGUCGAAUCGUUGAAGCACGCGUUCGAUUACAUCGUCAUGCGUUUCUUCAGAUUCUGGCCGGCGUACGUCACGUGCGUGCUGUUCAUGGCCGUCGUGUUUCCGGGCAUCUCGUCGGGACCGAUGUGGAUUCACACCGACACGGUGUCGCGUUGCGAGACCGCCUGGUGGAAGAACAUUCUGUUCAUCAACAAUUGGUUCAACGUCACCGACACGUGCGUCGAUUUCGGCUACGUGAUAUCGCUCGAAGCGCAAUACUACGCGCUUCUCGUGCUCGUCAUCUAUUUGUCGACGUCGCACGUGUUCCUCGCGCAGCUCGCCGCCUACGCGGCCAUCGUCGCCUCGAUCGUCGUCAACUUCUAUCGGGCGUACGCGUACGCGUUGCCGCCGGCGCCGAUGCUCACACUCGAGCCGGUCGCCGUCGAGAAGACCGUCCAACUCUUCGACAUGCUGCUGUUGUCGUUCGCCGCGCGCAUCUCGCCCUACUGUAUGGGAUUCGUGUUCGGCAUCGGAUGCGCCACCGCCAGCGACGAGCUCCGCCAAUUGGGAUUGAGAUAUAACCCCCACAAGGUGUUGGCUCUCGUCUGCCUCGUCUGCGUCGCCUAUCCGCUGUUCGGCGCGUUCGGCUAUUCGGCGCACGCGGCGCGCAGUCCGUUCUUCGAGGCCGCCUACGCGGCGCUUCAUCGGCCGAUGUACGCGUUCGCGUUGCUAUCGUUGAUCUACCUAUGUCAUCACGGAGCACUCGGUUGGCUCGACGCGAUCCUCGGUUGGCGCGUGUUCGCCCCGCUGUCGAAGCUCACAUGGAUUGCGCUCGUCGUCGCCGAGCCGGUCAUCCUCUACUUUUUCUCAUCGCUUAACAAACCCGCCUAUGCGACGCAUUGGAGUACGGUGUACACGGCGAUCUCGGCGGCGUUCCUCUCGUACUUCAUCGCGCUUCUCAUCGACAUCUUCGUGGCGAGACCCAUUCGCUAUUUGAUGUACCGCGAGCAGAAGCAUCGAUAUGCGCGUGCUCACGCCACGGCCGCCGCUUGA